GAUUACAGUUUCAGUCAUCAAAAUAGAGCACACAUCUUUGGCGUAGACCCAAUAUGGCUGCCAGCGAAGAAUUGGAUGUUGUGGAUAGCUGGGAAGAAAUUGAAGACUCUGGAGUCUUGGAUAGAAAAUUCUUACCAUCACCUACAGCACCAGAAGAGACUGAGAAUGUUAACCCUGUUAUGUCGAAUGGGCCAAUAAUUUUGCAAAGCAACCCAUUUCCAAUGCCGGAACCUGCAGUGAAAAUACUUAAAAGGCCUCAGAGGACUGCUCAGGGUAAUGGAAAUGGACACCUGCUUAAUGGUGAUACCAAACCCCGUCAGCCUGUAAGAACCCUUCAGCAGCGUGAACAAGCUUAUGCUGAAGCUAGAUUACGAAUCCUUGGUGAAGCUCGAAGUCCUGAGGAACAACACCUGCCCUCAACUGAUGAUAGGAUAAGCAAAAUACAGACAAAAAUGGAGGUGUUGCGAACGUCAGAAACUGGCAACAUUUUGCGUCAUCCGAAGGGACCCGACGGAACGAGAGGAUUCAAUUUGCGUAGAUAGUGCCCUUAGGAGCACUACGUUAUUGAUGUCUCCUGCCUUGCCUCUCCCCGUGACAAUACAGACUAAUAAAUUGACAUUGCCUACAUUUGAGGCACAUGGGAGAAGGGAGAAUUCACAACCAAUAUUUGUGAUGUGAUUGUACAUAAUUGCGUGAUUUAUAUAGUGAAAACAAGACAAUGCCUAGUUGUAUCAGCUUGUUGUGGCAUGACUUAAGAGACAAUUGUGUUGAUAUUUUGAUACAUUUAAUGGACUCACAGUUCUGUGUGUGUGGACCCUAUGGAAAUGAAAACCAGUGAUGAAACAACCUCUCAUAUACAUAAUCACAUACAUAUUAUAUAUCAUACACUCAUUUCAUUGCCAUGGAUGUUGUGUUGUUAAAAUUUUAUAUAUGUUUUAGGUUUUAUGGUUUUUUUUUUUUUAUAGACUGUUUUCAGUUGCAAAUAAUUUCACACGUUUCUGUGGCAUUUUGAUUUCUGCUGAUGAUUUCACCUUUCUUGUUAUGAUAGAAUAAGUGAUGGAAACAGGAAAAUACCUUACCAGAUAUUUCUUCUUCUUCAU